AUGAUGUCGCUGAACCAAAGAAGUAGAAGGGCAGUUCCCUCAACAUUAAACACACCUACAGCAGUCAAUGUGAAUGCCGUAUCUAAUAUAUCCCAGGAACAGGCAGAGCAGCUCCUCACACAAUUCAUAGAAGCUAGUGAACAUAAUAGAAACCCUUUGAAUUUGAAAGACCAGGACCAGAAUACUGGAUUCUCGAGUAAUAGUGAGACCAUAGCUGUAGCGUCGCAAUUGAAAAGAAUACAGAGAAAUUUGAGAGGAUUACCACCAUUAUCGUCGGUGGAAGCUCCUGAGACGGUAAACAAUAGCGAAGAAGCUAGUUAA